GUAAAGCAGUUUAAAGACAGUAUUAGGUAGAGCUACUAAUUAAUUAUUGUGUCAUUUAUGCUUUAAAAAAGACUAAUUAAGCCAAAAUAAUAUUGUCAAAAGUAUAUGUUGCAUAUUAAAACAUUUUUAUAUAUCAAUAUAUGUUUACCAGAAAAUGUUUUAUGCGGCCAGUGAAGUAUCCCUCUACCAAACCGUGUUUUGAAUGAUAGAAAGUUUGCGUUGAAAUAAUCAAAGAUGUCGGCACAAUCUCAGAUGAGAGCGAUGUUGGAUCAACUAAUGGGAACCCAGCGCGAUGGUACCGGGUCAAAGUCGCUCCAGUUUGACGAUGAUUCGGUUUGUAAAACUUUCCUACUGGGUUGUUGCCCCAAUGAUAUUUUAUCCGGGACGAGAGCCGAUAUCGGGGAUUGUAGGAAAGUUCACGAUCUCGCGUUGAAAGCUGAUUACGAGAUGGCUUCGAAAUCGAAAGAUUAUUUCUAUGAUUUUGACGCGUUCGAUCAUCUGAAAAGUUUUAUUUCCGAAACGGAUCAAAAGAUUGAGGUUUCAAAGAAAAGACUCGCCGAGCAACAAGCAGAAGUGUCGGCCGAGGUUCAGGGCAAAGCUACCACGGUUCAAGACUUGAACGAACAAAUCCGAAAACUUCUUGUUAAAGCUGAGGAGCUUGGUAUGCAGGGGGAGAUUGAAGAAUCAAAAACUGUUUUAAGCGAAGUCGAAAAAGUUAAAAUAUUGAAACAAGAGGCAGAAGAAGCCUACAAGAACUCGAUGCCUGCUUCAACUUAUCAACAACAGAAGUUAAGAGUUUGCGAAGUUUGUUCCGCGUAUUUGGGACUUCAUGAUAAUGAUUGUAGGUUGGCAGAUCACUUUGGGGGGAAACUACAUGCGGGGUUUAUUCAGAUCAGGUUAAAGUUGGAUGAAUUAAAGAAGAAAGUCACCGAGAGGAAAAGUGAGUAUGAGGCUGUGUUGUUAACGAGGAGAAUGCAACAAAAGGAGAGAAAUGGGGAAGAAAGAAGAAGAAGAGAGAAGAGAUAUUCACCGAGUCAUAGAAGAAGGCACGAUGGUUACAGAUCACGUAACUCGAACCGGAAAUCUCGUGAAAGAUCACGAAGUCGCUCACGUGAUAGAUCAUAUAAACGAAGAUCAUCCCCUUCUCGGUCACGAAGGUCACGAUCAUGAGAUAAUAAUGCGUCAUGUGAUGUAACAAUGGUGUAGCUCCACCUACGAUUUUCGUUGAAAUCUCGGAGAUAUAUAAGAUUUCUAUGCGGAUUGAAAUGUUUCAAAAAAAAUCAGAAACCAAAAUGUCAAACUCUUUAUUUUCCAAUUUUGCUACAAAUUUUAAAGAUUUCUUUUUAAAGAACCCAAUACAAUAUAUUAUCAUUUUAAUGGUGAAAAAUUCCAAUCCCCAAAAGUCAAAUUCGUUUUUUUAAUAUUACGUUCCAAAUGUUUAAAGAUAUCAGCGAAACCUGUAUACCAUGUUUUGUAAAUACAAUGGUUUUGAUUACAACAAAAUAUUUGCUAUCAUGUCCCACAGAUUGUGUGUGUUGUGACAAAUAUAGAUGUGGUUGGUUUGUGUAUGAACAACUGCAUCAUGUAUGUGGGGGCUUUAUACAUCAUAAGUGCGAGUGCCACACACUUUGUAUUCCUAUAUAUGCAUGUUUGAAGGUAAAGGAAUAUUCUGCAGAAUAUUUUAUACACGAAAUCCCCUAUUGCUAAACUAUGGUAAAGUAAGAUUGAUUUUACAAAAAAAUUGGUAAAAAAUAAAUACACACACGAUGCUGCUAU